UCGCACAGCAGUUUUCUUCUCCGAGAGAUCAACCAGCAGAACUUUGCUGGGCAUAUGCAUGGCUCGAUCUUGGUCACUGGUUCUUCCUUUUGGUCUCGUCAUCGCCUUGCUUUUUGCCUGUGUUGCUCAAGCUGCUGUCGUGGAGUACACAUUCAAUGUCGGUAACCUUUCUAUAAGCCAGCUGUGCCAGCCGCCGUUGAUCAUCACGGCGGUGAACGGGCAGCUCCCCGGCCCGACCAUCGAGGCCCGCGAGGGCGACACGGUGGUUGUUCGCCUCGUCAACCAGUCACCCUACAACAUGACCAUCCAUUGGCAUGGGGUAUUCCAGCGCGGCACGCCGUGGUCGGACGGGCCGGCGAUGGUGACGCAGUGCCCCGUCAAGCCGGGCGGCGCCUACACGUACCGCUUCAACGUGACGGGGCAGGAGGGCACGCUGUGGUGGCACGCCCACACCGAGUCCUACCUCCGCGCCACCGUCUACGGCGCCAUCGUCAUCCGCCCCCGCGCCGGCGCCGCCGCCUACCCGUUCCCCACGCCCGACGGGGAGGAGACCGUCAUCCUCGGCGAGUGGUGGAACGCCAACGUCUACGACCUAAGGCGGAACGCGUUCCUCAGAGGCAACCCGCCGAUCAACUCCAACGCCUACACCAUCAACGGCAAGCCGGGAGACUUCUACAACUGCUCCAACGCGAAUCAGACGUACAGGUUCCAGGUGCGGAGCAACGGGAGGUACCUGCUCCGGAUCAUCAACGCCGCGCUCAACACGAACAUGUUCUUCAAGGUGGCGGGCCACCGCUUCACCGUCGUCGCCGCCGACGCCGCCUACACGGCGCCGUACGACACCGACGUGGUGGUGAUCGCGCCGGGGCAGACCGUCGACGCGCUCAUGGUCGCCGGCGCCGCCCCGGGGCAAUACUACAUGGCGGCGUCCCCGUACGUGAGCGCCACCCCGCCGAACCGGGGGCCGCGGUUCAGCAUGUCCAACGCCACGGCUGUCGUGGAGUACGCCGGGUCGACAACGACGGCGCCGCCGCAGCCGCCGACGAUGCCGCCGUACACCGACACCGCCACGGCCUUCCGCUUCUUCACCAGCCUGAAGGCGCCUGUGCCCUCCGGUGCGCCGGCGGUGCCGCUGUCCGUGGACACCCGCAUGUUCGUCACCGUCGGGCUCGGCAUCUCCGACUGCCAGCCGGCGCAGCUGCUGUGCAACCCGACCGGGACCAGGACGCUGCCCGUCCUCGCGGCGAGCAUGAACAACGCGUCCUUCGUGCUCCCGCCCGCCGGCUCCGUCUCCAUGCUCCAGGCGCACUACGACGCGGACGGCAGCGCGCCGGCGCCCAGCGUCUACACCCGCGACUUCCCCGACCGGCCGCCGGUGAUCUUCAACUACACCGCCGACGCCAGCGAUAUCCCCACGCUGCAGUACACGACCAAGUCCACCAAGGUGAAGACGCUGAGGUACAACGAGACGGUGGAGAUGGUGCUGCAGAGCACGCGGCUGCUCGCCAACGAGAGCCACCCCAUGCACCUCCACGGCGUCAACUUCUACGUCCUCGCGCAGGGCGUCGGCAACUACGACGAGGCCGCCGCCGCGCCGCGGUUCAACCUCGAGAACCCGCAGGAGCGCAACACCGUCGCCGUCCCACCCGGCGGCUGGGCCGUCAUCCGCUUCCAGGCAAACAACCCCGGGGUGUGGUUCAUGCACUGCCACAUCGAAGAUCAUCUUGAUGUUGGGCUGGCAAUGGCGUUUGAGGUCCAGGACGGGCCGACGCCGGAGACAUCUGUGCCGCCACCUCCAUUGGACCUACCACAGUGCUAAAUGCGAUUUGUCAGCAGAAGAAGUGUACAACCUUGGCUUCCUGAUAUGUAUACUUUCGCAAAUAGGGGGCACUCACACUACACCUUCUUCUGUAUAUGUAACUCGAGCCCAAUAUAUGGUUGCUUGCAUUUGGGAAAUAAAUAGAUGGUACGACACUGAU